CCAGUCCUCCGCCAUAUUGACUGUUGUCUUGACUGGAGGAGAUAGAGAACAUUUUGAGGUCCGAGAAGAAACGAAAGUGUGUGUUUAAAAUCAUUUAAACUGGUGCAAACUUCGCUAAAGCCUUUUGUAAACAUCAGCGUAAUGGCGAGGAAGAAAAGCAAGCAGCAGGGGGUCACGCAGAAGGAGCUCGUCCCUGGAAAGCAGACCGUACCGAAGAGCUCCGUGUCUCCGGGAGAUGCAGCUGGCGGCGGCGGCGGAGACGCGGGGCUGGACAGGCUCACGACGACCAGGGCGAACCAGCCGAUGCAUACUUGUUGCCUUCUGUGUCACCGGGAGUUCAAAGACUGGGGUGCAGCCUCUGUUAACGGACUUCCUGGGAGCCAUGGGACAAAGCUGGCCGAUGCUGUUCCUGCCUUGUCCCAGGCGUUAUUACGUGAAGCGUCAGGGCGAAAGUUCGCUGAUACUGUGCCCUCGCUGUCUCAGUCCCUGUUGGGAGAGGUGCCUCUGUGGAUAUGUCAGAGUUGCUGUAAAAGUGUUGAAGAGGAAGAGAGGCGGAGCACCCAGGAGCAGCCUGCAUCUGUGCCAUUGUCUCACUCGUCUUCAUGCAAGUCCCAGAGCUGUGGAAACGGUUACACAGAGCAAAGUACGGUGGAUUGGGACCCCAGUUCCUUUCUGUCAGCCCAUAAACUGUCAGGACUUUGGAACUCCACUCACAGCAACGGGGGGGAUCUCUGCAACCACAACAGUUCUCAACACUCCCAACAAGGACCAGCAGUAACAACGGGAUCUUCAUGUCUUGAAAAAAGAGGUUUACAUGAAGCACCUGGGAAAUCCGCGAAAGUGUCUGGGACCAAAGUUUGCCCCUACAGUCAUCCUUCGUCCCAGAAUUCCAGUGGGUCCUCUGCUGGGAACUCUUUGUCUACCUCAGCAGACCAUUGUAAAACCAUUCCCAAGCACUUCAAGACCAUGUGCCGGCGACCAACCCCACCAGGUGAAGCCUUCCACUCCAGUGACCACCACCAACAUACAGACUUGUCAGUUCCUCCCAAUAGUCCUACAGGCUUGUCAUCGCAGCAUUCGUCACUCCUGGCUUCAAAGCCGACGUCCGGGCAGCACGGCCACGUAACCUCCACCUCCGGCUCCGGUGUAGCGACACACGCGCCGUUCUCACCUUUAGUACCAAACCUUCACGGGCCUCCAGCAAAACUUAACUCUCCUAGUCCCGAUAGUCCAACGGCGGUCCAUAAACCGAGCCCGUGCAAGAACUCCCACAUGCCUGCUAUGAACGCACAACAUGGCAAACAUGGGUCAGCGAUGCUCGGGUGUAGCCAUGCUUGUAACGGGCAUAGUGGAGGAACAGUAGCUGCGUCGAAUGUGGGCCAUCUAACAGCAGGGGCGUGCAGGGACCAGGCGUGUAAGGGGCAUAAACUGACAAAUGGGACAUUGUGUUAUCCAUCAUCUGAACUGGAGGAGGGGGAGGACGAGGACAGCAGCUCUGAGAGGAGCUCUUGUGCUUCUUCUUCUACUAACCAGAAAGAUGGAAAGUACUGUGACUGCUGCUACUGCGAGUUCUUCGGACACAAUGCGCCUCCCGCCGCCCCCACGAGCCGUAACUAUGCAGAAAUCCGAGAAAAACUCCGUUCACGUCUGACGCGGCGUAAAGAGGAGCUUCCUCAACGUCAAGAUUCUGAACUGACGGCGACCGGCGCCAUAGACAACCGGGACGUCGACGAGCUACUGGACUUUAUAAACAGCUCUGAGCCCAAACCCGUCAACAGUGCCAAGGCAGCCAAACGGGCACGGCACAAACAGAAGAAAAAGGAAAAAGCCCAGCAGGGUAACGUGGGCGCUGCUGGCAGUGACCCUCAGUCCAACCCAUCUGAGCCCGUGGAGGAGCACGUCGCCGACGGCUCCGAUGGAGGUCGACUGCUUGACUGGCCCCAGCUGGAACUUGAGCGCGUCAACAGUUUUCUCACUAGUCGACUUGAAGAGAUUAAGAAUACGAUCAAAGACUCCAUUCGGGCUUCUUUUAGCAUGUACGAUCUCAACUUGGACGUCAAUGACUUCCCUAAAAAGGCAGCAACACUGGAGAGCAACCAUUUACUCUCCCAUUUGAACGGAUCGUCGGACCUGCAGCAGAUCGACCUGGACCUAGCGCCCCUUUCCCUGGGAUCCUUCAAAAGUCACUUGGACCUGGUAAACGGAUGGGAGGAGGGUGGAUCUGCUGUAUCAUCGUCCAAUACUACCACCACCACUCCCACUGUCACUACUAGUGCUGGUACCAAGGACAUCCAGAGGUUGCACACUACCCCCACUCUCUCCAAGCUCAUAAGAGUUCGCUCCCCUGAAAAAUGCACUUCAACUGGAUUGGAAAACUCUCAUGAGUUGCCAGCCCACCCAAUGACUAAAACAAAGGAGGAAGCACUUGAUCUUAAGAAUAUUACACCCAAUAACGGUGGCCCAAAGUCAAAGAAAAAUAAAAAGCAGCAAAAACAGGAUCAACAAAUGUCAGAACAAAAUUCUACGAAAACAACCAAAGUUGUGUCUUCAAAUGAAACGUAUAAACCCCAGGAAUUGAAAGCACCCGAAUUUGUGUCCAACGGCUCUAAAAAUGUAAGCAAACAUCUCCAGCACUCGACAGACACCCAGAGAAACGGGCCUAAGAAAACUGAGGAGAACAAACCACCAAGAAAUGCCACAAACGGAACACAUGGGCUGUCCAACGUACAAAAGGGAAAAGGAGACACAGAAACGGGGCGGCCCGAACCGACCUCGGACAGCAAAGCCCAUUCCAAUAUUCAAGCAAACGGUCAACAGCAACCGCAGGCGAAGGGUAAAAAUAAAAAGAACAAGAACAAAGGUGAAAAAUCCAGCACUGCGAUAGAUGACGUAUUUCUACCUAAAGAUGUGGAUCCAACUGAAAUGGAUGAAAUCGACAGAGAAGUGGAAUACUUCAAAAGGUUUUGCCUUGAUUCUGCUAAACAAACUCGACAGAAAGUAGCAGUGAACUGGUCCAACUUCAGCCUGAAAAAGGUUCCUUCUAAUGCAGCUCAAUAAUUUGUACGAGUCCCAGACAAACGCUGUACGACGCCACAAACUCUCAGAACAGAGCUGUUUGGCCCGAGGCCUUCUCUCAUUCCCCAGUUUCUUCUGUUUCUAAAAACGCCACGGCUCCCGGUUCAACAUCAGAAACUGUUCAAAAACUGAGACAGGCCGCAGACCUCGCGGCCGACUGUAACCCUUUGCUAUUACUUCACCGAUAGAUGCAAAAAGGAGCGUCUGUUAAAUCCUCUGCAUCCAUGUGCUUACGUAUGUAGUAUGUAAACGAAUAACUUACAUGAAAUAAAAUGUUUUUUAUCACAACAUGUUAGAAUUGUUAAACUUAUGAAUUCCAAUCAGCAAGGUUUGGUGCUUUAAUUCUAUUGUUCAUUAUUCAAUACAUUGUGCAUUGGUACUUUCUGCCCAUUUGAUUUGUCUGAGUAGACAAUAAAAUGUUUUUUAUACUAAUUUCAACCUGAGCAUUGGCCAAGU